AGGCUGGGGCCAGUGAGGAUGAAGCUAGCAUGCAAGUCGCCUGACAAGCUCAAUGGCUUCGUCGAGGUGUGGUUCAACGGGGAGGGCUACCAAAUCAAGGUAGAGGUGGAACGACUACCAAAAAGAACUGGGAAGGCGGCCCGAGGGGAGCUGGCCCAUCUGACAAGAAUCCCCCUCCCCCUCCCUCAGAUCAGUCGGGGCGCCCGCGGGAUGCAGCCUCUGGCCCCAAUUUGGCUGGGGGUGGUAUUGUGCCAUCCAAGCAGCGGGCAGGCGGUACGCGCGGAGCGGUAGUGACCAAGGACACGGUGAUGGGCGGCCAAGAAGAAGAUCUGGACGAAAGCAUGCACAACACUUCCUGUGAUACAGAGACUUGGGACAAACUGGGGGAUGCUUGGUGAGGGCGCGCGGGCCGUGGCUACACAUGACACUACUGUUAGUGUCUCUCCGCUGGUCAGGACGCUUGCUGCCUCUUUUGAUGAGUACGGCUCUCACCUCGGUUCGCCAUCCCUGGCUACCAUGGUGGAGCCGGAGCUCUCUGGUGACUUGGGGGGUGCUUUCAUGGCCUCUCCGGUGGCAAACGGAGGCGGGGAGGCGGGAUGUGUGCUCAACGUCGACUCGGCCCCGACCCCUCCCUUUGGGCGCCACGGCUCGGGCGGCUCGGGCAGACCCCCCAAGAAGCCGGCGGGGCGGAAGCCGGCGGCCAAGGCGUGUGCGGCCGCGGCAUCGGAGGAGCUGCGGGGCGACCUGGGUGAGGUGCUGGUGUCGGUGGGAGCGGGCGCGAAGGCGAAGCGCUCCAAGGCGACCCCGGUGCCACAACGCCCCGAGCGCUCGGUCCAAGGCCAAGCUGGGAGAUCUUUCUUCCCUGGAGAGCGCUCAGCUCCGCAUCGCCGACAAGAACCUGGAGGUCUCAGCUUUGGCGGCCGCUUAGCCCCCCCCUCCCCCGACCGCGACGCCAUCUCCGCCUUCAUCGCCGACCUUCGCUCGAUGGCUGUUCGUCUGUCGCCGCCGCCCCCGCCGCCGCCCCCGAAACCAGACUAGGGGCUUCCUUCUUCCGGCUUUUUCUGGUUUUUUAUUUCUGGGCUUGUUGAGCUCUGCCCUCAGCAGAACCUUUGUACCUUGUUGUGAGACUUGGGUGUGUGUGUGUGGACCUGAGUCUGUAUGUGUGCUCUAUGGCGGUUUGCUUUAUCUAUAAAGCGGGGCGAAAGCCUUUUUCGGUAA